AUGCCCCGAACAUUCAGCUUCAACAACGGCGACGACCGCGAAGGCCCCGGCUCCCCCAUCUCCCCAGUCGGAACACCACCACCAAGCUACCAAGAAGACCCGCGAACACAAAACACAGCCGCAACGCCCGGAAUGGAUAACAUGGGCCCAUCAUCUAUAGGUGGCGGGAUAGGCGGGAUUGCGAUUGGCGUUGCCAACGGCCAUGGUCACACCAACGACCUCGACGACGGCUACGUCGGCCCCCCGGAACGAGGAUACAACACGCCCGGCGCUGAUAAUCCGUACAUCCCUUCGCCGCCGUUCGUACCCUUGCCGGAAGCUGGGAUGAGUUCGGAUUCGCUUCGACCUAGGGACUCGUAUGGCCAGACGGGGCAGGCGACGCCGGGGCAAUCAUCGUCGCAGAAUUUAUUAUCUGCGCAGUCGACGCAGCCACAACAGGCGGCGCGGCAGCCGCGGCCGCUUUGGGGCGGGACUGCUGCUGGGGGGAUUAUGAGUGAUGGGCCGUAUCAGAGGAAUUCGGCGUAUAGUGGGGGUGAUUAUCCGUUUGUGAAUCCGGAUGAGAUCAUCGAUGAUGGGGAUGAUGGGAUUGUGCCGCCGCGGGGGAAUCGGGGGAUGGGCGGGGGUGCUGCGGCUGGUGCGGCUGGGGGUGCGGCCGCGGGCGGUUUGUUUGGGGGGUUGUUUAAGAGUAAGAAGGCUGCUGCCGAGACUACGCAGUAUGGGCCUGUUCCUGGUGCUGCGGGUGGUGCGGGUGCUGGUGCUGGAGCAGCAGCGCUGGAAGCAGGGGAGCAAAAACAUUGGUCGGCGGGGAGUAAGAGGAGAGGCUGGCUUGUUGGGCUGUUGCUGGGGUUCAUCGUGGUCGGUGCGAUUGUGGGUGGUGCUGUGGGAGGAAUCCUGGGGCAUCGGGGGAACACAACGCGAGAGAAAGGCUCGGCUCAUUCGGCGCAGGACGAUUCAAAACAGAACGGUGACCUUGACAAGGAUUCUUCCGAGAUCAAGAAGCUCAUGAACAACAAAGACCUGCAUAAGGUCUUCCCGGGCGUGGACUAUACACCCUGGGGAGUGCAGUAUCCGUUGUGCUUGAAGUACCCGCCAUCGCAGAACAACGUCACCCGCGACAUGGCCGUGCUGUCACAGCUCACCAACACUGUUCGUUUAUAUGGUACCGACUGCAACCAGACCGAAAUGGUCCUGCACGCCAUCGACCGCUUGGAGCUCAAAGACAUGCGCCUCUGGUUAGGCGUUUGGAUCGAAUCCAACCAAACCACCACAGACCGCCAAAUAAAACAACUCUAUAAGAUCCUCGAUGACACCAAAGAUGCCUCCAUCUUCAAAGGCGCCAUCGUCGGGAACGAAGCCCUCUUCCGCGCGGGUUCCACGAAAUCCAAAGCCCAGAAGAACCUAAUCGGCUACAUGAACGACGUCCGCGACGAGAUCAAGAAACGCGACCUUGACCUCCCCGUCGCAACCUCCGACUUGGGAGAUAACUGGAACGAGGACCUCGCCAAGGAAGCAGAUUUGGUCAUGUCGAACGUGCAUCCGUUUUUCGCGGGUGUUACUGUCGAGGAAGCUGCAAGCUGGACAUACACGUUCUGGACGGGACAUGAUGCGUCCUUGACCAAGGGGACGGAUAAGAAGCAGGUUAUCUCAGAAGUUGGAUGGCCUAGUGGUGGAGGAAAUGAUUGUGGGGAUGGGAAUAAGUGUAAGAGUGACAGUGAUGGAUCGGUUGCGACUGUCGACAACAUGAACAAGUUCAUGGAGGACUGGGUUUGUCAAGCGUUGGAGAAUGGAACGGAUUAUUUCUGGUUCGAGGCAUUCGACGAACCAUGGAAAGUCCAAUUCAACACCAAAGACGAAAAUUGGGAGGAUAAAUGGGGGCUAAUGGAUUCAGAUCGCAAGCUGAAACCCGGGCUCAAGAUUCCGGAUUGUGGAGGGAAGACGCCCUCAUAA